AGCGCCGGCUUUACUUACCUCACAGGUAAGACAGCUCGCGCAACCAGCAUUCAGCAGCAGCAGCAGCAGCGCUCGCGCGAGUCGCUCGCCGGGAAACGCUCUCCGACGCGUUGACAAGCACGUGAUCGCCGACACCACGUUGCCACCAGAGCAUCGUUUCAAAUAAUACGUUAAUCAAUCGGUUCCAGAAGAAUCGGGCGAACCGACGACUUUUUUCACGGAGUGCGACGAGUUUCAGUUCAUCGAGGUGCUGGAACGUCUUUGAAGUUUGACAUACCCGCAAGGAAACUCUUUACAGAAUCAUACACGUACCUUUGAGCCAAUUUUUCGUUUCUUUUUGUACGUUGACGGCAGAAACGAAGGGGAUCGUCGGAUCGGCCGAUGCUCGUUUAAUUAAUAAAUUAUGGACCGACGGACUUGACCGUGACUUUCAUUGUUGUAUUUGAUAAUCGAGGAUAUAUCGCUGGUUGAAAAAUUACGAAGAUUAAGGGAAUUCUCAACAACGAGGAUCAUUAUCUACUGCAAGGAUUUUUAAAGGAGGGACUUCUGUGUUGAGACUUAAAAUUGCUCUAUGAACUUUAUAUUUGUAAACGUCAAGUUUUAACGGCCGCUACCGGAUCGACGCGGAACUUGACGAGAGGAGGCGUUAAAGUUUUGGAGGCGUUUGGAGGAACGUUGAGGUGGAAAAAUAUUGUUUUUUUUUGUGGUUGUUUUUUUUUUAUUUUUAUAUCCGACAGGAGUGACAGUGUUUGGCUAGAGUGACGUUGACUGUGUGCAAAAGUUCUGAGACUGCGAGAUAUUAACUGAAAGUUUGUUAAAGUGUUAAGAAGAUGACGUAACCUUAUUUAAUAUCUUUAAACGGUUACAGUUUCUUUUCAAUUCAAUUGUUGUGCUUUGUUGUACCGCAUUCGGUUCGCAAUACCACAGAGACUUUGGAUCCGCCUCAAAAUCGUAUUGUAGCUACCAGCUGGACCGCGGAAGAAAGACCGAAGGUGAAAUUGAAAAUCAUGUGCUCGCAGGGGAAAUAUGCUCGAGUUCUUGAGAGCGAGGAAUCGCGCGAAAAGCAAAAAGGAUGCCGGACCCAGUGAUACUCCGUACGAAGGGCAGCUAUGACUUAACCGAGAAAAAGAAUACAUCAUUAGGAGAACGAAGGCUUCUCACGAGAUCCAAAAUAAUGGGUUGAAUGUCCGACUCGUGCGAUGCAUUGUCGAUUGUGCCGUCCUGCGUUUGUUCAGGGACAAAUGACAGGAUAAAGUUCUAUCGAACAAGAAAGGAAAAGAAACAAGAACAAGAGAAAAAAAGCGACAAAGGCGAAUUGCGGCGCCAGCCGCAGUUUUUUCAAAAUACAACGAUCUUUUGGCAUUUUUUUUUUAGUUUAUAAAAAACCAAUAACGACUUGUGACGGUAAGACGUAUUCGAUUGCGAUUGGUUGUUUUUGCUAAUUACCUUCGAACGAAAAUAUCUAUAUAGAUGGAAAUUGGAAAAAAAAAAUUUUCGUUUUCAUCGAAAAGCUGACGGCCUGGUGUCGAGCCACUCGUGUCCAUAGAGAGUAUGAGCACAUGAAGGGGGUGGUGCGAUUUGAAAAUUGUGAAAAUCCAAAAUCCAAAAUAUACGUAUGUGCAUGAUUGCACGUGGCACGUGAGCGGACAAUGAUUGAAAGUUGCUGUAGGGAACAGAUAGUCGUCGAAAAGUAAUAGAGGAAAAGUUUGGCCGAAGAGAAAGAGCUGGAACGCGCAGCUGGCAAUUUGUUGGCUGAGUUCAGGCAAGAAUAUCAAGAGUGUUUGCGGUGCCGAACGAGAGUCGGUUUUUAUCGUGAUGGUAUUUUCGGAAUAAUAGUGCCGCGCGAAUGGUGAGGAAGUUUCAGGGGAAUUUGCAUUUCGUACAAUGGAUGUUUUCAAAAUCGAUCAGUCGCUGACUGCGGGACUGGGUAGCGCACCCGCGCCGGAUACCCUUACGCCGGAAGUGUCCUUCGAUGCCGGGAGUGAAUUUAAUUUGAGCUUUUUCGACGCUCCGGAGGAGAACAGUACCCAGGGAUUCAGCGACCCAGGAUCCGUAGGUAGUGCGAGUGCAUCGCCACCCCCAGGAACACCCGGAAAUCAUCCGGUAAAUCCCCCGAACGCCCCACUACCGAUUGUCCAGGUGCCAUCGAGUAUCGUCAUUAAACAAGAGCAACACUACGUGGCUGCGGACUCGAAUAGUUCGACUCCGGCAAAAAGCUUUGUUCCGUGUAAGGUUUGCGGAGAUAAGGCGAGUGGUUAUCAUUACGGAGUCACCAGCUGCGAGGGUUGUAAGGGUUUCUUCAGACGAAGUAUUCAGAAGCAGAUCGAGUACCGGUGCUUGAGGGACGGCAAGUGUCUCGUGAUAAGAUUGAAUCGAAAUCGUUGUCAGUAUUGCAGAUUUAAGAAGUGCCUAGCAGUCGGCAUGUCCAGGGAUUCUGUACGAUAUGGUCGCGUGCCAAAACGUUCGCGAGAAAGGAGCACGGAGGAUGCGGUAGCCACUACGACCGGUGUUCAGCAAUUAACAUCGAACAGCAAUUCGCAAGCUCAAAACACGGUACCACGAGUUCCUCCUGGUGUAGUCGAAGCCGAUCAGUCGGACGCCGAUGGUAAACAUCAAGCUGUCUACGACGUCAUUCUUUCCGUCUCUCAAGCACAUCAUGCGCAUUGCGGGUUCACCAACGAGUUAACCAGGGGUCUCGUUCGAAAGCCUAUGAUUAUGCCGCCUGCAAGUCCCGAAGAUCCUGAAGCAGCAUCAUCAACAGCUGAGACCGUUGAAUCGCAGAAGAUUUGGCUGUGGCAGCAAUUUGCAGCGAGGGUAACUCCCUCAGUGCAGAGGGUGGUAGAAUUUGCGAAGAGAGUACCCGGUUUUUGCGACCUUUCCCAGGACGAUCAGCUGAUCCUUAUAAAAGUUGGAUUCUUCGAGAUCUGGCUAACACACAUUUCCAAAAUGACAACUGACACGUCGAUGACUUUCGAGGACGGCACUUAUAUCACAAGACAGCAAAUGGAGGUUAUGUACGAGCCUGAUUUUGUCUCUGCGAUAAUGCAAUUCACCGCCUCGCUGAAUGCUCAUCAGCUGAGCGACACCGAGCUUGGAUUGUUUUCCGGCGCUGUCCUCCUCGGCGAGCGUCCUGGACUGAACGACGUAAAAGCCGUGCAAACACUUCAAGACUGUCUUCUGGAAGCCCUAAGAAUUCAAGCUGCCCGUAGUCACUCGUCCUCUGGAGACGCUGCUGCAGUCGGUAGUUGUUCAGGCGUGGCUACUGUCUCACAAAGGAUACCUGAACUGCGCGCUCUUGGGGCAAGACACGUCAAUCUCCUUGAUUGGUUUAGAAGAAACUGGACGAAGCUCAAGCUACCCCCACUCUUCGCUGAGAUCUUCGACAUUCCCAAAUGCGAGGAAGACCUGCAAUGAAGAACAAGUACCUAUUCUUAUUGUCUGCCGGCGACUGCACGACUGCAGUCAAAAUCGUCAUACUGUUUUUUUAUAUCUUUAUUCUACUCGAUCGAGACUCGCUGCGGAAAGGACCCCGGGAAGGACAGUGAAACAAGAAGAAACAUAACCAUCCUUCUCGUCGUAACGUGAGAAUAACGACUCGUUGUGAGAUUAAUUUCGUAAGUAGAAUCACAUACUAACCUAUGUUCUCUAAAUCGUUCGUUUGCUCAAUGAAGAAUUGGACGCUGCUAAGGGAAUUGUCUAUCGUAAAAUAUAUUCUCGGAAUACAUAUAUUCAUAAUUGACCGUCGUAUCACGAGAUCCUUCCAAGGGAAUCCUUGAGCUCAUUGAAGAUUAUCCGCUGUACAAUGUGUUUUUCUUAAAUCUGAAAAAUGAUCGGCGAGGAUCGAUCGCCGUUUUUGUUUAUCGACGAAGUACAAGUGAAUUAUCGUAAACGGGCUAUAGAAUGGAAUGUAGGACAACGCAAACAAGACAAGUGAUUAAAUAAAUCUUUAAGAACGUGAUGAGGCGCCGAUAUGCUUCUUGUGGAUUCUAAAUGAAAUUAAACUAAAACGACUAUCGACGCAAUACUUUUUUUUUUUUUUAAUACCUUCGCGAAGACACUCGAUCGCUUCUGAAUGCGAAUUGAAUGACGAUAUUAAAAUUUUGCUCAAACUGGUUGCUAUCGAUUCUCGCCGAACUAUGUACGAGAGAUCUAUCGAUCAUGUAUCCUUUGACACGUUCGAAGGUCUGAAGCAAUAUAUGUCUUUUUAUUAUCAAACUGUAUUAAAUACUCAGCAACGGUAUGGUUUUCGUAACUGUGUACCAACGAAAUCGAUCCUCGUUUAAUCGAUUGGGACACGCACAAAGUCACAAACUCAAAGCUCACAACUAGACGCUUCAUCGUCACUCUAAACAGUCCAGCUGUCCUACUGAUGUUUCAAUGAAGUGUGUAUGACAUUAGAGAAAUCUUAAAGUAACACGUGGCGCGAUAGGUAAACGAAUAAGAAAACUGAUAAGUACCGUAAAGAAGGAUAUAUAUAUAACUAUAAAGAAACAAAAAUGUUAUAUAUAUAUAUAUGGUAUACAUAUAUAUAACUUAUAUGUAUAUCAACACAUACGCCUUAAGACUUAAGAAAUUCUUUUAGAGCGUACCUCCUUAGACGCAUGCGAUAUGAAUCUCGAUCUAUGCAAUCUAUUUUUAUUACUCGACAUAGAAUAGCGAAUUACAUUAGAAUUCACUGCCUUUACGCAGGGUUUCACGUGGAAUCGAGUUGGAUCUUCUCAAUGCCACUUUGUCCAUGGUUCAUCGUGUUUAUGUAUUUUCAUCGAAAAUUUAAUUCAUCAAUUGACAUAUCGCUCGUUGAGCCAGACGCGCUUGUCAGGAAGUUGUGAUCGAUCAUUCGUCAUUAGAAAUCUUAAAAUCCAAGUGAUAUUCUUAGUAUUACCGUAACGUGUACUUUUGAUGCCACUGUUAAGGUCAGAGUGACGUAUUGACACCCGAGCUUGAGGUUAUGUACGGUUUAUGGAUUAAUGCUUUUUACAACCUCUCAUGGCAUAACUUGUCGGUUAAUCGAAAUUAUUAUAUGAUAAAAUAUGACAGGUAGGAAAAUUGAAAUGGAAAAAUUUUUGUUGAAUUUUGUGGUAAAUCAAUAUCAGUGUCUAAAUGCGAUUCCAAUAAAAUCCUGAAGUAAGCGCAGCCAUCUAUUAAAGCUCUGAACUCUAACGACUAAUAACUCUCUGACAAUGACUAGAUUAAUUAAUGCGUAAUAAUUACUAUUCACCAUGAAAUUAUCAUUACUCGUAGAGUGAAAAUUAAUGUUAACUAGCAUUGUAAUUACUUAUUAGCGAUGGUACCAUUUAUUAUCUUCACGAUAUAAAACAUUUCAAUUUUAAGCGCUCACAUCAAGUUGUGAAUAAACAUAUCAUACCUAACUAAUAUAUUGAAGAAAAAAGAUAUUACAUUUUAUUAUAAUAUAUUCGUUAUUGAGAAAAAUCGUUGAUCCGAACUGGUGGAAGAGAUUGUGAAAUGUUAGCUCAUUUUAUAUUCCGCCAGUAUAAGAUUUGUGCGUCAAGUAACUCAAAUUUGAUGAAUUAGCGGGAACAUUAUUACGUGGGUUUCGUAGACAUUGUGAAAAGAGUAAAAAAAAAAUAAUAAAAAAUAAAAAAUUGUAUCUUCUUUCAAAAUCUCUAGUCUUGACGUUUCUUUGAGUUAUCGCGUUAUUCGAUUGUUCGUGAAUCUUAAGUAAAAUUAACAAAACGGCCAAAUAUAUUUAAAUAUCGUAAACGAAAAAGAAAAAAAGAAAAUAAAGAAAAAGAACUCUUUAACGCUUAGCCCUUUUUGCAAUCUAUCGUUUCUCGUUCGUUUCAAUUGGGAAUUUUGGACAUGGUGCUAUAUCUAUGUGUAAAGAGACACGCCGGGAAUUGUUGAAUACUUAUUAUAUACGUAAUGGAUACUUACGUUAGAAAAUGCGAUAUAGACGGGUGAAUAAAAUAAGUAUCCGUGCUCGUACCCUUUCCCGGCAGAUGAACUUGUAAUUUAUUAUUUCCGUUUAAUAUUAAUUACACACGUAGAUUACAAAUAAGUUAACGUUCACUGCGUAUGGUAUAAAUACUAUGUAAUUUAUAAACGAGAUGAUUUAAAAGUUAACAGCUGAAAAGCCAAGCGGGGAAUUGUUUUUUAAAUAUAUAUUACAAAACGACUGCUCUAUACUGCUAAAGUACAAAUGUUUCAUUUAAUUACUUUAUAAAUGAUCGAUUCGUUAGUGGUUAGUUAUACAGUUGUCGUAUAUAUUUAUUUGUAAUUUUAUAGUGUUAACGCUAUGCAGCGCACAGAAUAAUUGCUCAUAGCACUUUGCUUCGGACAUUCUGUACUUAAUUAAUAUUGUUCUUUUUUGUUUUUACUUUUCAUCCCUUCCCCUCAAUACAGUCUGAUAUCCGUUUUCUUAUUGACAACGCGUUCCCCGUUAAUCUGCAAAAUUUUAAUAUAUUUCUUUAUUAAAAAGCAACUUUUAAGGCGACAAUAAUUAAUGUUUUCUUGUUCAUACUUUUGUUUUUCAUAAUCUGUAAAUAUUUUCAUUGUUUCACGUUUAGAUAUGUUUUUUGUUUGUCUCUUUCACCGUCGUACCGAAUCAUUUUUUUAUAUUUUUUUAUUAGCUAUAAAGUACCGAAUUUUUGUUCAGAUAUUAAAUGUAGUCUUUCUGAUUUUGAAUUUUCUGAAAAAAAAAAAAUGUAUCGAUGACGAUGCACGAUUUAUUCAAUUUUUUGACUCCUGCAUAAAUUCUAUAAGAAUACUUUAUUUGCUAUAUAUUUUCGUAAUUAAGAACUAUAACUGAAAAUGGUUAUGCAAUUUAUUUUUUGUAUGGCUGGAAAGUAAAUUGAACUGUGCAGCUGAAAAGCCGAUUUGGUUACUUAAAUAUGAUAGAAAAUUUGUAGUCGAAUGUACUUUUGCCACGAGCCUAAUCGUUAUUCUGUGUAUUGCAAUUUCACGAUGACUGGUUAAGAAAUGAAGGUAUAAUUUAUUUUGUGAGUUUCGCAAUAAGAAAUUUUAUAUUGUUAAAAAAAAAAGCGGAGAACGAAUUACACAAUAAUUUUGUAAUUAUUUGAUGAAAAAAAAUGGAAUAUCUCAUUACGCCUUUGUUUUGCAAUUUUCGCGCACGAGACUCGUGCAAGCAGAGAUUUUAAAGUGCAGAAACAAGUGUGCACUACGUUAUUGAUUUUAAUAACUUGUUUUGCAUUUGACCAAUUCAGAAUUUUCUUUAACAAAUUUAUUUAUCGACAACCCUCAAUUCCCUUGACACGUUGACUGUCACUCGUGCGAAUUGGUAUUCUCCAAUGUUCUUAACACCUGUAUUAAAGAAUUAGAUCAAAGUUUGAAAUACUAGUUGCUUACGUAUGAGAAAUAGAAAUUCAGAACGAUUCCUCCCUAAGGUAUCCCAGAGGAGGUGGUAAUAAAAAUUUCAAUAAAAAAUAGUAACGAAACUGUCAA